AUGGAGCCCUCAUGCGGCAGAGAGCGGGGCGGCGAGCUGGAGGCCGACUCUUCAUGCUCGUCGUGGGUGCGUGGCGUCCGUGUAGGCGGAGGGAUGGCUCCCGGCCCGGCGGGCAUGGUGAUGAUUGCGGCUCGGCCGUCGACGGUCACUGUGUUCCGAUUCCUCUGGUCGAUGACCAAUGCACCAAAUAAGAAAGACCACCGCCUUGCAGAGAGGUUGCUCAGCUGCCUUUGACUGUCUACUUCAGGAGAGAAAAACAGCAGCGCGAUUUUUUCAGAAGCUCGCAAAGUCUGCGAGCUUAGCGCCGCGGAGGAAGGGAGUGGAAGAUCUCGUCUGUCACCGAUCCAGGAAAGGAGCAGCGUGUUGGUUGGCAUGGUGCCGCCUGUGUAAGUUGAGACGGGAGGGGAGAAAGAUAAGCACACCCACCGCAAGUCCUUCGGCCGCCGACGCAGCCCUUCUGGCCGGCCCUGCCCGCCCUGCUUGUGUGCCUGUGUGUGUGCUGCAGUGAGGGCACCUCCCCGCCUCUAUCGGACAACAAGCAAGAGGAAAAACCGAGCUCAGGUGACACAGAGGCAGAUCAUGUGGGUGUGGGGAGGGGGGAAGGACGGAGGCGCGCACACGCCUACCUGCUGUGCCCUCCCUGUGUGCAGACACGGACAGCACUCAGCUGCAGUCGGCCACCAGCACGAGUGCGGACAACCCUCCCAUGAUGCCGCCCUCCGAUACCCAGCCAGAGUCCAGCAACGACGCCGCCUCGUCGUCCCUCCACUCCCCGCCGCCAUCCUACACACAGCCCACACACACCGACGAGCACCAACACACACACACCACCACCCACACACACGACAGGCCACCGCCCUCCGUCGAGAGGGAUGACGACUUGGCCGGCAACAACAGCAGCAGCAACAACGAGGGCGAGUCGUCCACCAACAGCAAUCACAACGAGGGCGACGAGGGUCUGAGUGAGAGCGGUCCGGCGAGCGGAGGGCACAAUGCUGCGGGCGACGGGGAGAGGCCGGGAGAGGGCAGGAGAGUGAGGAGCGGCAGGGGACGCAAUGGCCGCGGCGGAGGUAAGAGACAGACAGAGACAGACAGACAGACAGACGGACACCGUUCCUGUGUUCUUGAUUGGCGUGUGUGUGUGUGGUUUGUUUUGUUUGGUUGCCCCGAUGGGAUGGACCCACCAGGUGGUGGUGGCAACGGGGGCGGCGGCGGCAGGUUUCAGCAGGUGUUCCACACGGCAGGUGGGAUGCCCGAGUUUGUGGGCAUGAGGACCAUCAGAGACAGACCCACACCUGAAGGGUAGGUAUUGUGUGUUGUCACUCAAAGAAGCCAUCCAGCCAGCCAGCCAGCGCCACACCAACCAUCACACCAACGAGAGAGCAUGUGUGUGUGUGUCGAUGGCCAGGUAUUACGAGUGCUCGUGGUCGCUGCAGCACGUGCCGCAUGACUACUUAUACGUGGUCAGUCACUCGUGUUAUGGCCCGCCUGGUGCACCACCGACCUGCCACACACCUCUGUGUGUGUGUGUGUGUGUGUUCAGAAGCAGCCAGGUCGCGACACCAAGCACUACCAGCUGGUGAUGAAGGACGCCGUCAAGAGCAAGAUCACAGCCAUGGAGUCAAGAAUAUGCAAGCUACAGGUUUGCAGGCAAACUACGCACACAACCAAACAGAGACAGAGGGCCCGGUCCACACACACAUCUCAUCUGCAUGGCAUGGGCAUGGGCAGUGCCCUCAUCCCAUGUGAUUAGUGUAAUGUCUGUGUGUGUCUGUGUGUGUGGUUGGUUGGUCUGCAGAAGAAGAACGACCUCUUGUCAGAUGAGGUCAAGUUCCUGCGCGACGCUCUCAGCCAGAUGCACUCCAUCCACCAGUCGCAAGAGCAGCUCAUCCGCAACCUCACAUCGCAGCUACCCUCGAGCGGCCCCCCAACCGCCCCCACCACCCACUCCACCCACUCGCCAUUCCCGCCACCCCCACCAGCCGCCGCGGCAGCAGCGGCGGCAUCAAUGUUCCCCCCAUCCACACACGCACCCAGCCAGCAGCCCCCACCGCCCCCCUUCAUGCCGUCGUAUCCGCAAGACAUGAACCUCAAUAUUGCGAGGAUGCCGCCGCCGCCCCCAACCAGAGGGCCGAUGGCGAGCGGCAGGUAUGGCGGCGUGGCGAAUGGGUAUGCGGCCGGCGGUGGUGCGAUGGCUGGGGGGCCGCUGGUCAUCAGCCCGCCUGGGACUGCGGGCGGUGUGGGCGGCAACCGUGUUGUUGGUCUCGAUUAUGACGCCGUGUCCGAUGGUGAGCUCACUCUUCGGAUGGGUAAGCAGGCGAUACAGACACGCAGAGACAGAGAGAACGGUUGUCUCACGGGCAUGUGCGUGUGUGUGUGUGCAAUCGAAAGGUGAUUUGGUGGAGGUGCUGCAGCGUGACCCAUCUGGCUGGACGUUUGGUCGGCUGCUGUGGUCGUCCCACCAGUCGAAUGCGCUGGACGCCGGGUGGUUCCCCGACGAGCUCCUCAACACGCACACGCAGCCACCACCGCCCUCGGCUGCAGCAGCUGCUGCUGCUGCUGCUGCCGGUCCACCUUCACACACACGGGCAACUCCUAAUACAGGGGGGAGCGUGUGGAGCAGACAGCCGGGGUAUGGCGGCAGGAGGUGAUUGGUGGGGCUUGAUUCAUCUGAGUGCGUGUGGUGAGAGCUUGUGAGUGCCCGUGUGUGUGUGUGUGUGUGUAUCGCAACGAGGCCGGCCGUGGUUGGAUUGGAUGAGUGGGUAGGAAGAGAAGGCAAGAGAGGGCAAGAGUUUUUUUGGGUCAUUCGUUGAUUGAGUCAGUCAGUCAGUCAGUCAUCGCCCAUCAUCACAUGCACGUAUGUUGUGCAUGGCGCGCAUGGUGGGUGGGUGAUGGGUGCAUGAUAUCCCGGCUGGCCCGUCCGUCCCUUUUGUUUGUGUUUUGUGUGCGUUGCGUGUGUGCAGCCUGCAGCCAGCCCUUUCUACUGCCCCCCUCCCCUCCCCCCCGUCCCCUUGUUCUGUGUUGCCUAGCUGUCUCUCUACUGUUCGAUCCUUGGCUGCUUCAUUCUCGAUCCCGCUACCGUCCCUGCACAGGGCUCACUCUCCCUGUGCAGAGCAGGUGGCGGCAAGCGGGGCGAACACAGCAAGGUGCGAACAAGAUGUGUCUUGAGGAACACUGCCCUCCAUCACCAACUGCUAUGCGUCCGACCUACCGAGAUGGCCACAGGUAAGCGAGCGGCUCAGACAGGGCGCUUGCUGUGCGGCCUGCCUCCAUACAUGCGUUCCGGCGGCGGCGAUCGACUUUUUCCCUCCUCUCUCGGCGAAGGUCUUGUGUGCGUGAGUCCGUGAGUGAGUGCCUAAGGGGCCGCUCUGACAGCCGCGGUUGUCGAUAUGGCGGUCUGUUUUCGGGAAUUCCUCUCUCUCUCUCUCUCUCUCUGUGUGUGUGUGUGUGUGGUUUGUGGCUAAUUGCGAGGAUGGGCCGAUUUUUUUGUCUGUUUGGACACCAGAGGAGAGGGGGGGAGGGGAGGGGAGGGAGCGUCAAUCUAGAUGGACAGCACCCAUAUGUACUCAUUCGGCGAGAGUUUUUCAGCCCAUACAUCCUACAUACCUGACUUCUUGUCUUGUGUCUUGUUCCUUCCUUGGUGUUGAUACUUACCACCUACACACACUCUCACCCACACCCACACACGCCUACACACCUCCUUACUUCCCCACGCACCCGUCUCUGCACUGCAGGCCUUCGUGCGUGUGCAGAGUUUUUCCACCUAUGCCAUCAGAGGCCCCUUCCUCCCUCCCUCCCUCCCUCCCUCCCUGCCGACACAGCACAGCUGCCAUUUUGCUUUUGCUGUCAGGGCACUGCACACACGAUGGGAGGGCAUGGAGGGGGGAGGGGGCCAUGUGUCUUGCUCUUCCGCAGAGACACAAGAGUCCAUGAUUUGUUCAGACGGGGGCCGUGCAUGUGACUUUUUUUGGGUAUGCCUGAGUGAGGGUGAAUGCGUUGAGUACGCUAUGGCGUCGGGGUGCGGUGCGAUGGGUUUGUUGAUAGCGCGGUGCAUGGGCAUGGAGGACUCCGGGAAAGUAGGAGACGAUUCAGUGGAUUGAGUGUUAUGUUAACUACGCUGACUGCGCACCUCCGUGACGGAUUAUGUCUGUGUGCGCGUUGUUUGUCAAGGGGGUGGGGUGGUGUUGCUCUGGUCUGUCUGGGUUGCUCCAUCUCCCUCUUCCCCUUCCUCUUGUGCACACGACUGACUGAAUGAAUGACUGACCGGUAAGUGGUCGUAUACAGUCGAUAUUCCGAUAUCGAUGCGAUGCAUGUCUGUGUGUGUCUGUGUAGAUUGUUUGCAUGGCGUGUUUUAGGGGCGGGGGGCGGGGUGUGUGGAUGUUUAAUCCUCACGUCAUGGCUGGCUGGCUGGCCCACAUACGCGCCGACACACUGACUCUUCAGGGAGGGUAUGUGGGCACACACACGCACACACACACAUGCACACGCUGAUCUGACCUCAGCUGACUUACAUAAUACAGACGUACGUUCUUGGCAGGACCGCCCGGCCCAUACAACGAACGGAUCGAUCAUAUGUGGAUCAUUUCAUUCAUGUGCAAUCAAUCGACUGAAUGAAUGAAGGAAUCCUAU